AUGGCGCCGAAGGCCUUGACUGACUGUCCCGAGAACCUUCGAGAGGCGAUCGACUGGCUCAUCCAGGUGAAGCACUGUGGUGGGAUUUCGACUGUGUCCGACGCUCUCGCUUCGUUGUUUGACAAUGUUGCUCGGGACGCUGAGAAAUCUCAGCCGUCUCUGCUCGACUCGGACCGGCCGUCCGCCAGAGAUGUGGUCUCCAAGCUUCGGGCGUUUCAGAGUACUCUUCCGGAAGACUCUGAGAAUCCUCAUAAAAACAUUAUACAUAAUCUCUGCGCCUCCGCUGGCAGCCUAUUAGGUUAUCGGUAUCCUGGUACCUACUACGGUUCUGGGAUUGUAUAUGGCAACGCCUCCCGUCUGUGCCAUGCCAUCCUGGCAUUCUUGUAUCCCGUGUUCAGUGAUGUCCAUGAUAACCAGCCGUACGUUGCUGGUAGAAGUGUAUUGCGUGAUGAUGUAAUUGUGGAAUUAAAAUCCCAACUAUGGCGCGGCCACAAGGGGUUUUGUCAAGCCAUCCCCAGGGUGGCCACUGGCCUGCAGAGGUACAAUGCCGCUGUCAAGGCUUCAAACGAAAGAGUCAAGGAGCCGAUUGAGACCGUGUUGAAUUACGUGAAACCAGAUGGUGAGUUGUGUAAAGGUAUAAAAGAUUUGCAGAUAUCGGAAACAUCUCCGCUAGCUGAAUAUGAGAGAACUGUGUCCACGGCUGUCUCCCUGGUGGAGGGGUGCAAAGAGGUUGCCCGGGUAUUCUCUAGAAGUCUGACGGCGGCCACAAAUGCCAUAAAUGACUUCAACCCCAAGCUGAAAAGGAAGCUCGAGAACGCCAGGAGAAGCUUUUUCAGCCACGUUGACUGGCUGAGCAGGUGGUCCAAGAAGGGGGAGAAAAAGCGGUUGGACAAGAUGGUACAGAAAAUCAAGAGCAAGCUUAAAAGGUUCGCAAAAGCCGUCAAAGACAAAAUUAAACAAGAAGUGCAUGCCGUUGUCGAGGUGUUGAAGGACCGUGUCAAAGAGUUUAGAAUGAAGUUGGAAGCAAUUACUGUCAGUCUGGAGAAAUAUGUCAAGGAACUAGGACAGUGGAUGGGUGAGGCGAAAGAGUAUAUUAAUGCAGUGAAGAAGUAUGUUGAUCAGAUAAUGAAGCAACUGGAUGGAGAGCAUAGAAAGGCGAUUGACAGGGCCGCCGCGGACAUUGAUAGUGAGCUUGGCAAGAAGGUUGAGGAGUUGAAUAAGUGGAUUGAGGAUGCGGACGCCGCCGUAAAGGCGGCCAAGGAGAAGGCCGAGGAUGUAUAUGGGAGGUUGGAUAAGGAUAGCAGUACGAAAUUUAGUGUGGGACUUAAGAAGAUCGAAGCUGCAAAAGGCAAAAUUGAGAGUGUGAGUAGCGAGCUUAAAAAUGUUCACAGUGAUUUGGGGGAUUGGAAAGUUGUGGUGCAGGAUGUGAUCAGCAAAGCUGCUGGGAAGGCAGAUGAGGUGAGUGAGCAAUUGGAUCCUGCUCAACAAGAUGAAAACCAUUCAAUUGGCAAAAACCUUAAUGAUAUUGAGACCUCUGAAAAAGCAAUCAAUGAAGCAAAUGAAAGCCUCCAGGAAGAAGUUACCAAGUUGAGUAAGUCGAUCACGGAAGCUGACCGUAUCCGUGAGCAGGCGCAGCAGAAAGCCCAGGAAGUUUACGAUAGCUUGACAGUUCAUAACGAACUGAGUGAGAAAAUCAAAGAAAUUCAGGCAGCAAAUCAGAAGAUUAAAGAUGUCAAUACUGGGCUAAAAAGUGUGGACAGCAAAUUGGGAGAAUGGAAUAAGGAGGCUAGCACAGUUAUCGAAGGGGUGGUGAAAACGGCGACGGAAGUAUAUGACAAGUUGAAUCACGGAGAUAACCAACAGGUGAUUGGCCAAGGCAUCAAGCAGAUUCAGGACGCCAAACAGAACGUUGAUGAUGUUGCUAAGGGGUUAACAUCUGUUAAUGAGGAUUUGCAGAAAUGGAGAGAGGCGGCGGAGACUGUGCUUAGCACUACGGUUGAUAAGGCUGCAGAGGUGCAUAAAGCUUUGGAUCCUGCGAAAGGUAAGUCGACGCUGGGUGAGCAAAUCGAUGCGAUCGAUACUGCUGGACAAUAUAUUAAAAGUGCAAAUGAUCAACUCAAAAGCCAAGUUGGCAAUUUAAGUAAGUGGAUGCAAGAUGCCGAAGAUAUCCGCCAUAAGGCGGAGGAAAAGGUCAGGGAAGCAUAUAAUAAGUUGCAAGUUAAUGAGAAACUGAGCAAAAAUGUUAAGAGGAUUGUGGAUGCUAAGGAAAAAAUAGAUAAAGUUCAUAAUGCAGUUGAGACACAAGUUAAGGAGUUGGGACGGUGGAAGGAUCAGACUGAAUGUGUUAUUGGCAGGGCUAUAAAAAAUGCGGAGUAUGUCAAUGAUACGUUGAGAGAUCGUCUUGACCCUAAGAUUGGUGAAAUUGAACAACAUAAUGACGCAAUUAAAGAAGCUCAAGCUAAGCUUGAGCAGGCAGUUCAGCAUCUAGGUAAGUGGAGCGAUGCCGCAAAGAAUGUCAUUAAGAAGGCCGACGAAAAGUGUGAUGAGAUACUUAGACGGGUUAAAACGGAUCCCAGCAGCAAGGAUGAUACUAUUUAUAAGCAGGCUGAAUUGUUAAAAUACCAGGGCAUAAAACUUCUGAAGGCUGCCGAUGUUGCAAAGCAGACAGUUGAAUCCAAAGUCAAGGAUGCGUUGGAGGCUGUGAAGGCUAUGGACACAGAUCUCAAGAAGGAUUUGUUUGAAGUCAAGACAAACAUUGCUGAAGGGAUAAAAACGGUUAUUGAGGAGUUGAAAGUUGAUCAGUUGGGUGAUAAAGUGAAAGAGGAUUUGAAGCAGUUGAGGGAGAGGAUUGUGAAUCUCAAGGAUAAAGUGGAUAAACCCAGCGGCAGCGGCCUGGUGGAAGAGCAGCUGAAAGCGCUUGGAAAGGCGAAAACUCCGCUUACUGAGAAGACUAGUCAAAUAAAGACGCAGACGGAGGAGAUGGAUAAGAAGUUCAAGGAGACCAUCAAGGAUCCGCUUGACAAAGGUCUCCAAGCAGUUGAAGGGGAGAUCGAGAAGCUCUACGGACAAAUCAAUCCAGGAGGCAGCGCAACAGCUGCGGAUAAAAAGCAACUUCACAAAAUUUUCGAGCAUAUGAAAAAAGAAGUUGCGGUGAUUAAGGGGAGGGCAGGGAAUGGUGUAAAUGAUCAAAACUCCAAAGGCUUGGAGGGGAUUGUCACUAAUGCGAAGGUGCUUGCUCAGCAGUUCCACGGUGGCAAAAAAUUUGAAAAUAAAGUUAACGGGUUUGUAAUGGAAAUACUGCGGGAGAAUAAGAUUGUGCAGGGAAUACUUAAGAAGUACGCACAGGACAAGGGUUUAGGUGAAAAUUACACGAAGCUUGAUAGCUCAGGAAAUUCACCGUUUCGCAAGUAUAUCGCAGAGAGUUUGCAGAUACAUCUGAGAGACGAGGCUAAUGCGGCUGGUAAAAAAGUUGAAGAAAAGUUCGGAGAAGCGGAUAAUUCCAGGGAGAAGAUUCAGAGAUACAUCACUACUGUAAAAGAAGGCCUAACAACAUUUGUCAAUGAGAUCGAGAAAAGACUCAAAGUUGAACAAAUUAAUAAUUUGGAGGGUAGUAUUGAUACGCUUGUAGGCACUAUAGUCUCGGGCAUCGUGAAUGAUAUCAAAAGUAGAGGCCAACCCCGCCAAAUCCAAACUAACGACGACCUUCUUAAACUCGCCGUCAAGCGCAUCUUCAUGAAGCUCAUCGUUAUUGUACGUAAAGUUGCAGCGGAAGUAGAAUUCUUAGGCACCAAAGUUUUUGGCAAAAUCUUAGACACUAUAAAGCCGACUGUUGAUGAACUUGACAAAAAUCUAAAAGCGGUGACAGACACCGGCAGAACUCCCGUUCAUGGCACAGCCCAAGCAGUGGACAGGGCGAUCGAGGGGGUGAAGGGUAUGGUUAGAAGUACGAUUGAACAGAAAUUUGAGAGCGAUGUCAAAACGCCAGUUGAACAAGCAGUUCAAGGCCUUGAAAAGGCCGUUACCGAAUACGACAAGCAAGUUAAGGAACAAGUCAGGGAAGCGGUUAAGGGGGCGAUUGAGCAGGCGGCUGAAGAGAUUAGUACGGAUGAGAAUGUGACGCUUGGUGACGUGAGGGAUAAGAUGGAGAAUUUCAACGGUGCGUACAGUUUAAUUAUAGGUGGGCUUCAAGGACAACUGAGUUCAAUACUUGAUAAGCAGUUGACGAGUAGAGCGGAUAAAGUCGACAUUAACAAGGCUGCAGGUUUCAAGAAAUAUACAGGUCACGUAUCAACUGGCUAUACCACUGACCACUCGUAUGGUAAAAUGAAUUCGGCAAUCAACGUCAUUAAGGGCGAGGGUCUGAAUGCUCUUGAAAAUACAAUUGGUACCACUGCAGCGCAGAAGAUAGAGGCAGACGCAUUCAAAAAGCCGUUUAAAGCAAUAGAAAUACAGCUCUCGACAAUCACUGAUGUCGUUACUAACGAAGGCUUUAAAUUUCUUGGCGAUAAAGAUGAAAGCAGAAAAGGUGUCAAGGUUUUGUUGGCUGAGCUUAAAGAUGGGUUUGACAAUAAGCCAGUGGGUGAAUCAGCAAAAGGUCUUGAUGCAAUAACAAAGGCUAUUGGAGAGCUGCGAAAAAACACUUUUUCUCCUAAAUCCGAGCAAAUUGGCAAAGCUGUCACAGAAAUGAAGUCGCAGGUUGAAGAUCUUAAGAACAAGUUGAAGAGUGAUGGUAAAGAUGAUAAAGAUUCAGUCAUCAACGCAUUGAAGGAUUUGAAGGAUGCUGGUCUAGCUAGUGGGAAAUGGAACGGCAAGGAUGGACGUCAAGUAGGCGGUCUUCAGAAAAUCGAGGAUGAUCUUAGAAAACAAAAUGAGGAGUUACGCAAUCAAACAAUAGAAAUUGGCAAAGCCUUCGACUAUACUCUAAGAGAAUUGAAGGGUAUGCUUGCGCAAGUCGGCUUGAGGUUACACAACAUCAUUGUACCGGAUGACGUCAUGGACAAUCUGAAAGAUAUUAAAUUGAAGAUUGGUAGGGGAAAAAAUAUAGGGCUUGAACAUAUUCAUGAAUUGAUUAAGAAACUACAAGAAGGGAAUUUUACACAUAAUCCCGAAGAAAUUGGCAAAGCAAAGGACGAAAUCACAAACAAACUUAAAAAACUGCAAGAUGACUUGCAAGGUGACAAGAACAAUGACGUCAUCGAAACGUUGAGAGAUUUGAAAGAUGUUGGCCUUGGCAAUGGUGAUUGGAAAAAGAAAAAUAACACAAAAGGCCUUGAGAAAAUCAAAAAUGAGCUUAAGGCUCAACUAGAUGAAUUAUCCGUCCAGCCAGAUUUCAUUGACUUAGGCAUUGCCCAGAUUACCAAGCAGCUUGAUGAGCUGAGAACCACAUUUCAGAGUGGUAACAAAAAUCCUAAUGAUGACGUGAUAAAUAGAUUGGAAGAUAUGCGAAGGAAUGGGCUUAGUGAUGAGACAAAAUCUUGGAACGGUAAAGAUGGCCUCGGUAAAAUAAGGAGUAACUUUCAAGAGCAAAAUGUUAAGUUGUUCGAGGCAAGAGAUCAAAUUGACAAAGCAACUGACAUUGUACUCUCACAUACACAAAGUGUGCUUAAAAGUGCUGAACAUAAAUUGCGUAGCGAUGUAGCUAACGACGACGUCCUGGACCAUUUAGAGGAGCUGAAGAGAAAGAUUGGUAAAGAUGGUGUUGUGGAAGACAGUCUUCAAGGAAUCCAUAAUAAGAUUCAUGAGCUGCAAGAACGGGAGUUCGUUGUGCAAUCUAAAGGAAUUGUAGAAGCAAAGAAGCAUAUUGAAGAGGGACUUCAAGAGCAGCGGAUGACAUUGCAAAAGAAUGUUACUAAUCCGUUGAAUGAUUUGGUAAACAAGGGUUUUGGCCCCAGUGAGAACUGGAAUUACCUUAAUGCCAAGGGGUUUAAUCACAUUCAAGAUAACCUUAACACUCAACAAGAUACAUUGUCACAGCAACCCCAAGACAUACAAAAUGGCGUCGAACUGAUUAACGAUGAGCUUCAGAGUAUUCGAGAUGCGUUGCAGGGAACCGCUGACGGUAAUCCCCAAGACAGAGGCGUGAUCAAGAAUUUGGAAUUCAUGACAAAGCAGAUCGGCACUCACGACGAUGCAGGCCUUAAGAAAAUCAAAAGUGACAUAGAGUCUCUUAAGCAGAACCAGGUCCCAGUUAUCACCAAACAUCUUAACAUCAUGUCCAGUGCAAUUACCAACGCAGCCGGACAACUGGGCUGGAAUCUGGAUCAGCUGGAGACCCCGCAUAUCGACGUCAAACUCAAAGGCAUACAGGACGGUUUCAAGAACCUCCGACUCUCCGACCUGGACGACGCCAUCAAGUUGUGUGACGACUUCCUUCAUAAAGCCGACGAGAUAGAAAGAAACACCAUCGCCGCCCUGUUGAAGCACGUCGACAAUGAGGUGGACGAUGCCAUCAAGGAACUCACCAAGGAGGCCCGUACGCUGUACGUGGACUCGGUGAGGGAUGCGUUGGAAUUGUUUGCCAGGAAGGUCAAUGAGGAUUUAGAGCAGCUGCCGAGUGACAUCAAUCACGACUUGACGAUCGGCUUCAAGGGGUUCAUGAAUGCGGUGGAAGGUGACGAAGGCGUUAACAUCAAACAGCUCAUGUGCGUAGAAAGCAGAGAACUGAAACACUUAUCUGCCGCCCUCGGCAGUUUCUUAGGUGAAGUCAACGAGUACGUCCGGCAGGAGACUCAGAGGGUGCAUAAGGAGCUUGGUGAUGAAAGACAUCCGUCAUUGCCACCGACCGAAGAUCCAUAUGUACCCCAGCUUGAUUCAGUCCACAGGGAUCUCAACACUGUACUCAAUUACAUCUGCGAUACGGAGACAUUCGACGAUAAGCUGCGAACCCUGCUGGCCGAUCUAAAGACAGCAAUCGCCGGGCUGGUACCCUCCGACUUCAAGCACCCGUCCACUCCGCUGCUGGACACUGUCGCUAGCGGUCUCACCAAAUUCGCCGGUGAGUUUGGUAAUUGUUACAUCUCCACCUACUCCGGUCAGCGGUGCAGGGAGGAGCACGCCCACAAGUACGCCAAGGUGUUACUAAGCAUGGUACCUAUGACGUACAAUGCUCUUAACAAGUUGGCGACGAAAUGUGAGAGUGAGUGGAAACCACUUCACAUUAGUAAGUUCACCGCUGACGACAGAGACAACCCACUUGGCAACUACCUCGCCAGGUGCGGGUACAGGGUGUCCAGUUACGAGAGUGGGCAGGAAGGCGAGUUGAAUAACAUGUUCACUGGAGGUGGGAUUUACGAGUUACUUGCCACCCCAAUUGAGGAUGUGGACAUCGAUAUGCUGGUUGACGGUGAGCAAGUAACUUACGAUAUUAACUUGGUCCACAUCAUAUCGCUGCUCUACAACACCCUAUGCCACUACUUCCAGGUCUGCCACCUCUACGUUCCCCCUGAGCCAAGAUACCCGUGCACAGUCAGGGACAUGCUGUCGUGGCUCUCCGGGCUGCAGUAUACACAGGUGGCAGACAAGCUGCCUGACCACUGCAAGGCGUUGCUCAACCGCCGGUGCCACGACGGCGACACGCCCAACACGGAGGAUCCUGUGAUGGCCAAGUGCAUUGGUGAGCUAUCAUCCAUCAUCGCAACAACAUGUUCACGCUCCAAUGCCCUGCUCACCGCCAUCCAGGGUAACGGCCACGGCUUCGACAUGGCCGCCUACCCGUAUUCAGUGGACUUCUCCAACAACCGUGCCAGGCUCCACUACCCCGCUGACCCAGAUGCGCUGCUUGAUAUGCUACGUGAGAUAGUGUUCCGCCUUUGUAAAGUGCUCUACUUCCUGUACUCCCAGUGCUGCCGCAGCACCGCCCGGGUCAGGGGGUGGAGGGAGUGCGUGUACGGCAGGCAGGUUCAGUCACACCACUGGCAGUGUAAUACAUUGGGAAGUGGUUCCGCUACCAACGAUACCACUACGACUGCUGCAACUACCACUUCCUCCACCGCCAAGCACGGCUGCCCGCCCACCUCGCCUCUACAGUCGUUCCUCUCCGACUGCUGCCACGGACUCCUGCCGCAUACCCUUACCGCUGCUGACGGCACUAUCAAAUGUGCUAACUGCACCGUCAACCAACCUGGCAAGCAGUGCCUCACUCCGCUCGGCUUCUGGGACCUGGGCAUUGCUGCUUCCAUAAGUGGCACCGGCUGGGAUCUCGCCAAUCGUCUCGGAGAUAUGUGCCGUGACGCUGACUCAUGCCUCUUCGUGCUCUGUCGUACUCUGUUCUGGUUGUGUCCCGCCACACCCUCAUCACUCGCCGACGUGUUUGCAUUGUAUGCUCAGGCGUUACGGAAGUGGGACCCUCAUGACUGGGUUGAAAACCGUGGCGGCAAUUACACCGAUGCCUCCGAUCUUAUAUCGCAUCUCAACACCGACAGUAUCGACGGCUUCUUUCCACUGUCGGCACAGCUCCACGGCAGCUAUGAAAAUCACAAGCUUACCAGUGCCAUCUCAUCGCUCGCCGGCCAUGACCAUAAAAGCCACGAUGCGUUGUCCAGCCUCUUCAAAGACUCCACUUGCAAGCCACCCAGUGGAUGCGCUCCCUACCUCCAACCCCUAGGACUCCAUGCCCACCACACCUACCCGCAGAAGCACGCCGGACUAUACAUCACGUGGAUAAUAUACUUGGCAUGGGAGUUCUGGGAGUUGCUCUACCAACUACUGCAGGCUUUGGACAACAUCGACUGCACGGCCGCCGGCUGCGCCACAUGCCCUUGCCAACCCGGCAUACACGGUGGGAAGGACGCCUGUCACUGCCCGUCCAUCGUCCAGUGCGCCGGACCACUGCCCACCCUCUACCGUUACGGAUUCACGUAUCGCAACGCAUAUCUGCUAGUCACCGAUAACCGUGCCGUGCGCUGCGGUGACCUCAACACAAAACUCAAACAGGCACUGCAUUCUGGCCACUUCACUGAAUUGUUCCGGCAAAUCGACAAACUCAUCUGGCACAUACGGAUGCCUUUCUUCUACUGCUUCAUCGCACUGUGGACUCUCGUGGCGCUUUACAUACUUCACAAUUUCCUCUACCGCUUGGACAUCUUCCGCAUCAGGUCACAUCUCCUGACCACCAAGGCCUCACACUUCAUCGACGUCAAGGCGCUAGUCAUCCCGAACAGAAAGAUGCUCUCACUCUACGACGCCGAUUACUUCGACGAUGACCCUAUUGGUAACAUUGCGCCCCAGUAA